AUGAAGUUCUUCAAGGCCGUGGCAAUCGCAGGCUUCGGUUUGGCCGCAGCUCAAGACGACGCGUGCCACUCCGCGCACACCACCCAGGCGGACUGCGGCGCGGAUGCCAAGUGCACCUGGUGCGAGGCGUCUGCCGUGCCCAGCGCCUGCUACACCAAGGAGGACGCCAAGAAGCUCCCACCGGCCGUGUUCACCUGCGCGACAAAGACAAAGGCGCGCCGAUCCGAGCUGCUCCCCCGCGCGGAGGUGGAGAAGCUGGGCGUGGUCUGGCGAGGAAACGCUUCCAGCCAGAGCUCCCACGAGCUGCUUGAAGCCGCGGAGUUGCCCUCGGACUUCAGCUGGUGCAACAAGGAUGGCAAGAGCUACUGCACCAUGUCCCGCAACCAGCACAUCCCGCAGUACUGCGGCUCCUGCUGGGCCCAUGGCGCCAUCUCGGCGCUGGGCGACCGCAUCAAGAUCGCGCGCAACGCCCAGGGCGUGGACAUCAACCUCGCGGUGCAGCACCUGCUGAACUGCGGCGGCGUGGGCACCUGCAAGGGCGGCAGCGUCGACGGGCCCUACCAGUGGCUCAUGGACAUCUCCAAGAAGGGCACCGGCAUCAGCUACGAGACGGCGAACCCCUACGUGGCCUGCACUUCCGACUCCGAUGAGGGCUUCUGCAAGUACGUGGACACGUCCUGCAAGGCCUUGAACGUGGCCCGCACCUGCGGCAGCUUCUCCCAAGAGGGCGGGCCCUGCACGGGCCUCGGCGAGUUCCCCAACGCCACGAUCUCGGACUACGGAUCCAUCUCGGGGGCCGACGCCAUGAUGAAGGAGAUCUUCCACCGUGGUCCCAUCUCGUGUGGCGUGGACGCCAACCCCCUGCUGAACUACGAGUCUGGCAUCAUCAAGACCAAGGGCGAGGGCGUGGACCACGUGGUCUCCGUGGUGGGUUGGGGCACGGACCCCAAAGACGGAAUGUUCUGGAUCGUCCGCAACUCGUGGGGCGAGUACUGGGGCGAGAUGGGCUACUUCCGCGUCGCGAAGGGCGCCCUGCUCCUGGAGGACCAGUGCUCCUGGGCGGUGCCUUCCAGCUUCACGGCCGCGGAGAAGAAGAACCAGGUGCACUGCCAUGAGGGCGGCGACAACUGCAAGGCCAAGGCCGCGCAGAUGAUCGUCUGA